GAUUUUAGAUGCAUCUAAAAUCGUAGGUUAUGGUGAUCAACUGAUCAUAAUAUCUUGCAAUAUAAGAGCAUGUAGACUAGGUCCAUGAUAAGAGGGGGAUAAGAGAGACGACAAAUUUAUUCACAUAUCGGGAUGAAUGUAGAUCUAUUAACUAUUAUUAUGAUGGCGUCGCAUCGAGAUCGAGAAAGCACGUGAAAUUUGCAGCUCAGCCUCUUCUCCCGCCAAGCUUAAACUUCGCUUCUGUAAUCAGGCGACCGAGCGUUCUUCUUCUUUUUCUUCUUCUUCUUCUUCUUCUUCUUCAAGAUAAUCUGCCUCUGCAUUUUCAAAAGUCAUCUGAUAUCUAGACAUCUUCACCAAGACUCCUUGAUCAAUUUUCAACAUGGCAGACGAGGAAGAUGACCUCUGCUCGCCGAGUAGGACGUCCUCUAGACUCAAAGCCAGAAAGGCCUUUGAAAUGCCAACCAGAGAAGAUGUUCUGGGAAAGAUCGAAGUGGACAAGACCCCUCAAAAGAGCUUCCAACACCUCAGGCCUCGAAAACUGAUUUCUAAUUUUGUGAAGGGCCAUAAUAAAUACAACAAUACUGACCCAAUUUCUCUGUGGGAUGAUGAUGCUAUGUCAGAUUUCAUUGCUGAUGACGAGAAAGAAGAGGAGGAAGAGGAAGAUACUUCUGAAUCAAAAUCAUUAGAAAGUUGUGACGAUGAGGAAGAUGACAGUAAUAAUGAUGAUAGUGAUGAUGAUGAUGAUGAUAACAUUGAGGAUUUAAAGUCAUCAAAAUCUGAGAGAAGGACAGCAAGCAUUAAAAGAAAAGCAAGACAGGAUAGAAAUAUCACAUCAAAUGGAAAAAGAAAUAGCAGAAAUGACUCAAAGAGGAGAUCAAAGAUGACCAAAACACAACAACAACCUGAAAGAAGGAGAUACCAAAGAAAAGUGAAGAAAAGUAAGCAGAUGGAAGAUAAGGAUAGUGGUAAUGAGCAUGAGAGUAAUGAAGAAGAUUGGCCGGUUCAAAGUAGCCAGCAACAGAGGAGAAGGAGAAGGAGAUUAACCAUUGAUAGUAGUGAAGAAGGAGAAGAAGAAAAAGAUGAUGAUGAUAAUGAUGAUGAUGACGAUAUGAUUCAGAAAUCCAGAAAUGCCUCAGGAAAGAAGAAGACAUGUAGUGAUGAAGAGGAAAGCAGUGGUGAUGAUGGAAUGAUCCAAAAAUCUACAAACACCCCUAGAAGGAGAAGGAGAUCAAAGAUUGAAAGUAGUAAUGAAGAUGAUAACAGUGAUGAUGAUGAUGGUGAUGAUGACGAGGUUAUCCAGAAAUCUAGAAGUACCCCAGGAAAGAGAAGGAGAUCAAAGAUUGAAAGUAGUAAUGAAGAUGAAGACAGUGAUGAUGAUGAUGAUGAUGAUGGUGAUGAUGACGAGGUUAUCCAGAAAUGUAGAAGUACCCCAGGAAAGAGAAGGGGAUCAAAGAUUGAAAGUAGUAAUGAAGAUGAUAACAGUGAUGAUGAUGAUGAUGAUGGUGAUGAUGACGAGGUUAUCCAGAAAUGUAGAAGUACCCCAGGAAAGAGAGGGGGAUCAAAGAUUGAAAGUAGUAAUGAAGAUGAUAGCAGUGAUGAUGAUGAUGAAAUUAUCCAAAAAUCUAGAAGUACCCCAGGAAAGAGAAGGAGAUCAAAGAUUGAAAGUAGUAAUGAAGAUGAUAGCAGUGAUGAUGAUGAUGAAAUUAUCCAAAAAUCUAGAAGAACCCCAGGAAAGAGAAGGAGAUCAAAGAUUGAAAGUAGUAAUGAAGAUGAUAGCAGUGAUGAUGAUGAUGAAAUUAUCCAAAAAUCUAGAAGUACCCAAGGAAAGAGAAGGAGAUCAAAGAUUGAAAGUAGUAAUGAAGAUGAUAACAGUGAUAAUGAAAGUAUCCAGAAAUCUAGAAGCACCCCAGGAAAGAGAAGGAGAUCAAAGAGAAUAAGAUAAAGAGGAAAGCAGUGAUGAUGAAUGAUGAUGUUGAUAUGAUAGUGAUUAGAACAAAACAAAUGGUCUCAUGAGUAGAUCUGUGAAAAUUCCUUAUCAUUUAUAUGCCUUACACGUGUUUCCAAAUGGCAUUAGUAAGACAAACCACAAAAUAUUUUUUUUGUAAUGCUUUAAUGUGUGUCAGACUGUGUGGGAGUGGAAGUUGAGAUAUUUUGUAAAUGUUGUUUUAUACAAACAUGAUGUAUAUGUAUUUUCAAAUGAGCAUAAAACAUGCAAGUGACAUACAUGUAAAUGAAUUGAUGUGCAUUGUGCAGAAACUGCGCCCUAACCUUGAUAGCAAAAGAAAGCAGAAUAGAAUAGGAGGAACAGACUGUCUACAGUUUGAACAAAAUCAGAUGGGCAACUAGAAUAAUAAUAAUUAGCUUUUAUAUAGCGAUUAAUGCAAUGUCUCUUUAUAGCGCUUGGUAAAAUUUACACUUCUAUUAUGUUAGGUAACCUCAAAUUUGUGAAUUGAGCUGUGUUGUCAUUGGGGACAACUCUCCCCUUUGUUGCACUCUGAAAUAUUAGAUUUCAUUCUCUGCAAACUACCUUUCCUUUGGGUAUUUUCCAGGAUCAUCAACAUAUGUUUUAGAUAGCAUGUGGAUUUAGGUCCUUGUACAAAGAAAAAUACAUGCUAAGGUAUUUUACAUGUGGCUUGAAAUAGUGGUUCUGUUCAUUUUUAGCAGCAUUCUGAAAUAUCUAUGCUAUUGUCUCCUUUUAAUAUUCAUAUUAAUGAAUUUUGUUCAUUGUUUUAUUUAAAUUAAGUAUUUUUAAUUAUUUGCAAUAUGAGAAAAUCAAGAACACAUUUAGGUACAAUACAUUUCUCUAUAUUUGUUCAUGUUCAUGAGGAAGCUUAGUAAUGCCUGUGAAUUCAGCACGAAAAGGUAGACAUUAGAAGAUUAAAAACCGUAUAAUGGCUGAUGGAUCUUUUAAUACGCAUCGGACAAUAAUAUAACAAUGAACAAGCUUAAUUCUGUGCUUAUAAUAAUAUAUUUAUAAGCUAACAAGUGUGGUCAGUAGGCGUGGUGCCCUAUGCUCAUUUAUCAUGAAUUCUAACAAUUCAAACCUUAUUAUUAUUGUUAACAAUUGUUAUGAUUAUAAUCAUUUUGCAGAAUAUAAAGAAUUAAAGUAAUACUAGGCUUUAGAAAGAUAUGCUGUGAGAUAAAAUGUGUUAGAAGCUACUGGUAUCUGAAAUUCUGAAUGAUGUAUGAUACCAACACUUUUUAAGGUAUGACAGAAGUUUGAUAUACAGGGAUGCCAGUUUUCAGGCAAAAGCCUGAAUUCAGGCCUUUGCGAGUUAUUUUCAGGCCAUAGUUUAGGCUUUUUGGUGUAAAAAUUGCUAACUCUAGGUGAUUUUCAGGCCCUCUGAUCAAUUCUAACUGGCAUCCCAGGAUACAUUGUAUAUAUAUUACUACACUCCAAUGUGUUUCUUGAAAGAUUUAUUGAUACUCAUUUGUUUCAUCUCUCUCUCUCUCUCUCUCUCUCAUUCCCCCAAUCCCCCCCCCCCCUCUCUCUCUCUCCGUCUCUCUCUCUCUCUCUCUGUUUCUCUCUCUCUUUAUUUCUAUAUGUAUAAAUAAUGUUCAAAUUCUGUAAAUAGUUUUGUAUUACAGUACGACAUUUUUAUUUCUUGCCCAUUGAUGUACAUGUAUGAGACGGUUUGGAAAGAAACAUCUGUGUAAAUAAAACCAGAUUCCUGUACAAAUAUCAAA